AUGGCUUCGUUCAGCUCUGUGCUAUUGCCUCUUCACUCCUAUUCAUCCCCAGGCGGGGAGCAGCGGCUGCAGCAAAGCCUGCAGGGGCCCCCCAUGCUGAUGACUCCGCAAACAGCAAAGCGGCUGCUGCAGCAGCACAAGGAGUGGCAGUUUGCUGCUGUUUUUACUGGGGGGGGCCUCUCUGUGGCAGCAACUUUCCCUCAGCCGGCGAAUCUCCUGUCGCUGGCCCAAGCUUUCGAUAACCGAGAAAAAACUGUAGCGGAGGGGGUUUGCUUUUCGGGGCACAGGUACCCCGUGACCAGGUUUUCCCCCUUUUUGAUUAUUUGCCGUCGCGGCACUGGAGACGACACGGAGGGCCUCGCCAUACUGAAGGGCUCUUCGCGAAUGGGGGAAGAUUUGCUGCUGCUCGCGGUGUACAGACCCCCGGCUGUUUCGGCCUCAGCAGUUGCCCAGAUGCGCCGCUUCUUUGUUUCCCACUUGGGCACAUUGCCGGUAUGGGGGCCCCCAAAGGACAUUCAGCUGCUGCUCUCACAGCAGCGGCAGACUGAGGAAGCAGGCAAUGCUGCUGCUGCUGCUGCUGCUGGCCAAGGGCGGUGA